AUGACGGAUACAGGAAACCUCACUGUUCUAUCUGGCUUCGUCCUCUUGGGUUUUUCUGAUGCCCCAGCGCUACAAACCACCAUAUUCACAGUCUUCUUGUCCCUGUAUGUUUUAAUAGUUCUGGGGAACCUGACGAUGAUCCUGCUGAUCAACACUGACCCCCACCUCCACAUCCCCAUGUACUUCUUCCUGAGCCACUUAUCUUGCAUGGAUGUUUGCCUUUCCUCUGCUAUCAUCCCAAAAGCUCUGGAGACCUUCCUGCUGGGGAGAAGCCACAUCUCCUUUUGGGGUUGCUUUGCUCAGAUGUAUAUUUUCCUGGCUCUGGCUAUCUGUGAGACCUUCCUGCUUGGGGUAAUGGCUUACGACCGAUACACGGCUGUGUGCAAGCCCCUGCUCUACACCACUACCAUGACCAGGGCGCGUUGCUAUGGCAUGAUGGUGCUGGUGUACAGCAUCGGGUUCCUCACCUCCCUGGUGCACAUCACGCUGGCAGGGAGGUUGUCCUUCUGUCAGGCCAGGAGCAUCAACCACUUCUUCUGUGAGCUGCCCACCCUCCUGCAGCUCUCCUGCUCAGACACAAGCACAAAUGAGGUCUUGCUUUUUUACAACACUGUGUUUAACGUCAUGGUCUCUCUCCUGAUGAUGCUGGUGUCCUACACCUACAUCCUCCACACCCAUCAUGAGGCAUCCUCAUGGGAUCAGGCAAAGCUGGUGUCGGUGUGUUACUGCAUCCUCACCCCAACCCUCAACCCCUUCAUCUACAGCUUGAGGAACAAGGAGGUGAAGGGGGCUCUG